CCCUACUUGCAGCACCUACCUCCAAAGUCCAACCUUUUAAGUUAAAACCCUUAUUAAGAUGGAGACACCAAUUCAAAACCAUUCCUUUAAAAGACACGUAUAUCCCAAAUCAUCCAAAAAAUUCAAAUCUUUGAUUUCGAUCACAGGAUCAAAUCAUUAAUCUAAUCCAAAAUUUCAAUUCACAUUUCAAUCUCCUCCUUCGAUGAAUUCUAUCUUUAAUUUAUACCGACACGGUUCAUAUAUUUCUUUCUCUGUGUAGCUCAUUUAGGGUUCCAAAUUUAAAUGCUUGUCUAGGGUUUAGAUCUACCAGAAUUGGUUCAAGAAAUUGAAAACACUGUGAGCUUAAAGGGUUACAUUUUGUGAGUUGGAAUUUAUUUAGGUAAAAGUUGUUAAUAAUUCGGGUUUUGUUAGGUUUCUGAAGGUGUUAAUUAGGGUUAGAUUUAGGGGUUUUUUUUUUCUUAAGAAAUUGGAACAUGUGUGAUAUUAUGUCAAAUGGAAGACAUCAAUAAGGUCAAUGGCUGUGGAGAAAAUGGGGGUUCAAGCGAGGGAUUACCUCCGCACCCCCGUGUUUAUCGGCAAUGCUUAAGUGCUGCUCGAGUUUCGCCUUUGCGAAGGAAGACGCUUGUGCGACAUCCUUCUCUUGUGAAGACACCAGAUAUCCCGGUUGAGCCCAUAAGUUUAUUGCGAUGUGAUUCAGAAUUCAUUCCUAUUGUUCGUUCUGGAGCAUGGACAGAUAUUGGUUUUCGUUCAAGAAUGGAAGAUGUGUACGUAUGCGUUGAUGAUUUUAUGCACCAUUAUGGGCUUCAGCACACUAGUGACGGGCCAAAUGCCUUUUAUGGGGUUUUUGAUGGUCAUGGGGGCAAGCAUGCUGCGGAUUUUGCCUGCUGUCAUCUUCCACGUUUCAUUUUUGAGAAUGCAAAAUUUCCUAGUGAUAUGGAAAGGGUCAUUAGCUCGGCAUUUUUGCAAACAGACAAUGCCUUUGCUGAAGCAUGCACAUUGGAUUCAGGACUUGCCUCGGGUACAACUGCAUUAGCAGCUAUUGUUUUUGGCAGAUCUUUGGUUGUGGCUAAUGCUGGUGACUGUCGAGCUGUGUUGUGUCGGAGAGGCAAGGCAAUUGAGAUGUCAAGGGACCACAAACCACAAUGCUCCUUGGAGAUGAAACGAAUUGAAGCAUCUGGUGGCUAUGUUGACGAUGGGUACCUCAAUGGCCAACUCAAUGUUGCCCGAGCUCUUGGAGAUUGGCACAUGGAAGGAAUGAAGGGGGCUGAUGGUGGGCCCUUAACUGCUGAGCCAGAGCUUAUGACAACUGAAUUGACUCAUGAGGACGAGUUCCUUAUCAUAGGUUGUGAUGGAAUAUGGGAUGUUUUUAGGAGCCAAAAUGCUGUAGAUUUUGCCCGGCGAAAGCUGCAAGAGCACAAUGACCCUGUGAUGUGCAGCAAGGACCUUGUUAAUGAGGCUUUGAAAAGAAAGAGUGGUGAUAAUCUUUCUGCUGUUGUAGUUUGCUUUCAAUCUGAGCCGCCACCUAAUUUGAUUACUCCAAGGCCUAGGGUUCAUCGGAGCAUUUCAGCCGAAGGGCUGAGGGAGUUGCAAAGCUUUUUGGAUGGCUUGGAAAUCAGCUAAGACGGUGAUGAUAAAAUUGUUAGUUCCUUUUGUUUUAUUAAAAGUAGCAUCAUUAGUUAGUUAGUCCAUUGAUAUCAAACAAAAAAUUGAGGUGAUAGUCAAACUGUACCAUAUGCGGCAGUGAGUUUACCUUGUUUUUUUUCGGUUUUUUACUUUUGUUUUGUUGGUUGAUUUACAUCAUAUGAACUAGUUUAGUAUUUCAUCUUGCUGUAAGUUAAUUAAAAGUUUUGUAGCUUGUAGUUUGGAUUUGAAGAACACAUUUUAUUUACCUCA